AUGUCAUUUCAACUUCUUGCUAAAAAGCUAAAAGUAGCAUUGCUUCAAAUAACAGCUGGUAGUGAUAAACAAGUCAAUUUAAAUCAUGCAAAAGAUUAUAUCUUAAAAGCCUUAUCAAAAGAUUCUGCAAUUGAUUUAGUUGUAUUACCUGAAUGCUUCAACUCACCAUAUUCUGUUACUGAAUUUGCUAAGUAUGCAGAAAAAAUUCCAAAUGGCGAGACUACUAAGUUCCUCUCUCAAAUUGCCAAAGAUAAUAAAAUCUCAAUUAUUGGUGGUUCAAUUCCAGAAUUAGGUGAUGAUAACAAGAUUUAUAAUACAUCAAUUACAUUCGAUAAAAAUGGUGAAAUCAUAGGUAAACAUAGAAAAGUUCACUUAUUUGAUAUUGAUAUACCAAAUGGAAUCACAUUUAAAGAAAGUUUAACAUUAACAAGUGGUGAUAAAGCAACAACAAUUCCAUUAGAAGGAUUUGGUAAUAUUGGUGAAGGUAUUUGUUAUGAUAUCAGAUUCCCAGAAUUAGCCACUAUAGCAACACGUAAAUCAAAUGCAUUUGCAAUGGUUUAUCCAGGAGCUUUCAAUACAGUAACAGGACCAUUACAUUGGCAUUUAUUAGCAAGAUCAAGAGCAAUUGAUAAUCAAAUUUAUGUUAUUUUAGUUAGUCCUUCAAGAAAUUUGGAAUUGAGCUAUCAUGCUUAUGGACAUUCAUUAGUUGUUGAUCCAAAUGGUAAAAUUAUUGCAGAAGCUGGUGAAGAUGAAGAAAUUAUUAUAACUGAAUUAGAUCCUGAAGUUUUAACAAAAUCAAGAAGUGGUAUUCCAGUUUCAACACAAAGAAGAUUUGAUAUUUAUGAUGAUUAUACUGAAACUGCCAAACCAAGAGCAAUUUGA